CUUCUGUGCACCGCCGCUUAUUACUUCUCCGGUUCCGAUUCUGGGUGUCUCUGCUUCCAUAGAUGGCAUAGCUUAAAUUGAAAUUGAAAUCAUAUAUGGCUAAGUCCAAGCAUAUGCCUCUUGAUUUGACAAGAGACAUAAUUGGUCGAUUAUCCGAUCCAAAAAGCUUAUGCCGAUUUAAGAGUGUCUCCAAGUCAUUGUGUUCCAUGAUAGCUGCAAUCAAGAGGGUAGACCUUGUAAUUGUUAAAGCAGGCAAAGUGUACUCUGCGGAUUUGGACUCACCCAGCUGUUUGAAACUGCUUAUUGUCCCUGAUGUAAUCGAAGAUAAGUACUCCUCUUUGACAAUAGAUGGUUCAUGUAAUGACCUCAUUCUCUUUACCACAACUUGCAAGCUUAUUCUGUGGAGCAAAUUCUCUGGAGAUUAUCAGGUAGUUAGCCGAGCACCUGAGCGGAUCCUAUAAUCUUCCGUAGCUGUUUCAUUUCUAAUAUCUGGAUUCGGAUAUGACCCUGUAAGUGAUGAUUACAAAGUAGCGGAAAUCAUGUGCUUUUAUGAUAAGGUAGAUCUUCGGGGGCAAUGUACCAUAAAAAUUUAUACCUUUAGAAACAGGAGGACCCAGAGAAGAUAUCAAAGGAGGAUUAGACCAUUUCCUUAUUACAUCUAUGACCGUGGUUAUAUCACAAGACAAGCGGUGCUUGUUGGCAGUGCACUGCAUUGGGUCGCAUAUCGUGAUUGCAAUGGCAGAACACCACCUUUCGUGGUUGCUUUUGAUCUCACCACGGAGGAGUUUUAUGUGAUUGAGUUGCCAGAAAAGACUAGAGCAACUGUAGUAGGUGCAUUUGAGGGGUGCCUUACUGUCACACAUCCAAAGGAUGAUGAGGUUGUGGAUAUAUGGGUGAUGAAGGAGUACAUGGUGAUGGCGUCUUGGACUCAUCAGUUUAGGAUCUCAAUUCUUGACAAAUCAAAUGGUAGCCUUAUUAACCCCUAUCGUUACAUGAGGCCUUUAGCUGCUUCCUUAAGGAAUGGUAAUAAAAUAUUGUUUCAGUCUGGACGUGGUCUUCUUUGGUAUGAUCCAGAAAAUGAUAAAUUGGAUUUUGUUGACAAUAGUUGCCCUCAACUGAGGGAUGGCAUUAGUAUAGCUCUGUGUUCAUGGCCAACAGGCUAGUAGUCUAAUAACAACUUCCUUCUAAACCAAGUAGAGAAGUCUUUAAGUUUGGAUGGGGAGAUCAAGUAUGGGUGUUUAUGUUAAGUAACAUUGCUUCAAUGAUUACUUAUGUGGUUUUCAUGCUUCUUUGUUUACAUCAUAAAUUGCAAAAUUUUAA